CCUUGCGCCUGCGCACUGCCGCUGGAGGGCCUUUCCCAGCGCCUCCACCCAGCUCCUAAACUCCUGAAACUGUCGCGACGCCCUGGGCAGACAGACUCUCCGGUUUGGGAGUGGUCGGAUGCAAAAGAAUGUAAAGCGUUUUCGGAGCGGUUCCAUCCCCUGCCCCACCGCAUUGGAAGGCAAAGGCCGGGCAAGGAGUGAGCUCUACGCACGCGCAGCGCGGCCACGUGGAGCCGGUGCCGGGGCAGACGUGAGUGGAGGGCUCUGCGCUGGGAUGUGAGAUCCGGAGGGGUCGCUCUGGUUGGGAUCGAACCGGCGACUCGGCCAGGCGCGCGCAAAGUUGUCUAGGCCCCCAGUCCCUAGGGCUUCCCCGUCCCGGCGUGUUUUCCUGCGUCCCGGCCUGGGCUCAGGCUCUGCUCUGUUUGGAGUUGCGCGUCUUUUGGAUACGAGAAGCAAUCAGACAAAGCCCCACCCGGCCCUUCUGUUCUCCGCAGCCUGGAAGUGGAGGCCGACAAGAAAAUAACUCCAGUCGUGUGUGCUGAAUAGUAGGUUGGCACUAGAUAGACGGCAGACCAGAGAGAGAUGACCUCGGGGAUCGAUUACCGGAUCCGGAAACUGAGUCCUCCCUGCUUUACUCCCAGUUGAUCACUAAGUCGGGCGGAUUGUACCUCCUGUUUCAACUAGCAUGUGUUUCCGUCCACCGGCAACUCUGGUGAAGGUCACUGUCAUGUCUUCCCAGGACUAUUCCGACUCCUCUUUGCUGCUUUCAGUCUUGGGCUUGGAGCAAUAAUCAACAGAUUUCAAAGUGUGCUCGAGGCUGAUCAGAGGUUUUAUAUCCAAAGAGGUAUUGAAUUUGGCACUGGCCAGUAAGUUCCUGAGAGCAGCAAUUUUGUACCAUUUCCUCAACAAAUGGAGAGCAGAGACAAAGCUGAGACAAUCAGGAAUGAAAAAGUUGUGAACUGCUUAUACCAGAAUCGUAAUGCACUUUUUAGGCUGGUUUGCUUUCCUUGGGGAGGAGGUGGCUCCAAUUUCUUUGCCAAAUGGGGCCAAGAUAUUCCUAAUUCCGUGGAAGUGCAUGCCAUACGGCUUGCUGGGAGAGAAAGUCGGCUUGACGAACCUUUUGCAAGUGACAUGCAUCAGGUGGUUGAUGAAAUUGUCUGUGCCCUACUGCCGAUCAUCCAGGGUGAAAAUUUUGCAUUUUUUGGCCACAGUAUGGGAUCUUAUAUUGCUUUUUUUACUGCACUACAUCUGAAAGAAAAAUAUAAUCUAGAACCAGAACAUUUAUUUGUGUCAAGUGCAAGCCCUCCUCAUGCCCGACUUCCUUUCCUCAAAGAUGAUAUGUGUGUCGAACAAAUUGCCUUUUUGCUGAAGGAAAUGGGAGGCAUUCGUGACGAUUUUGUUGGUGAUGAGGAACAGAGUCAAGAAUCCUUUACCAAAGUGUUAGCAGAUCUUCACAUUUUGAAAGAUGUCAUCUGUAACACACACUCUAAGACUCGUCUUUCUUGUGACAUAACAUGCUUUUCUGGAUCUGAAGAUAUACCAGCGGAUAUGGAAGCCUGGAAAGAUGUAACCAGUGGAAAUUUUGAAAGUUUUGUGCUUCCAGGACACCACUUCUAUCUUCUGGAACCUUCCAACACAAGCUUCAUCAAGAAAUACAUAACCAAGUCUCUAGAAAUAUCAGCGCUUGCCUCUUGACAGAUACCUCCCCUUCUUGGUCUUAAAACAGUCCCAUUGAUCAUGUGAUACUCUUCUUCGGUGUUUCAGAGUAGCUUAGGAGUUUGUUUCAGAGAUUGGAAAAUGAUCAAUUUGCUGCUGUCAGGGUGAUGUGUUAUCUACAAAUGUAUUUCCCCACAGAGCAUUUACAUAUCUGGGGGAUGCAAGAUGAAUGGGUCAAGAAUACUUUCGGGAGGGUCUUUCUUCUUUGUAUUAGAAUCGCAUUUGGGUCUCAUCUGUGGAAGGUUUGUCAAUGAAGUUCCUGCUUGGUCAAUGAUUCGUUUCUUCCUUUCGGUUAUUCUGACAGUGAAAAUCACAGACAGGGGAAGUGCUUGAAAUGAAAUGACUGUUUCAUUAACACACUGGGGCCCAAAGCCUGAUCUCAUCUUUUGAAAUAUAGGGUUGCCCCAAUCAAUGAGGAAAUGUUAAAAUAAGACAGCCCUGAAUAAUCAUUGCUGCCUGUCCUGGCAAGUCCCCGGAAUGCCCGUAGCCCUCUUAGGUUCUCCUCUAAGGGGUUCCUCCGACCUGGACUGCUUGCUGUCUGUGUGUGUUCCCGCUGCUGUUCAGGCAAUGACCAACUGGGACUCAGGGUGACUGUCCGGAGUCUAGUCCUCGGUGUACAGAGGGCCAGGCACAAAUGCCAGACCCAGCAGGCUGCCUCAGCUUCAUGUGUGAUCAUCUGAACCAGACAGAGAAAGCAAGCACACCAGUUGGAAACAUACAGGAAAGAAAAGGGAAAAAAUUAAGUAGGAGAAUGAUCUGAGUCAGAGCAACGGCAGACCACCACUGGUAGGAUUCACAGAUGCCUACUGCCCGGGAUGGAGAGGCACCAUAUCCCCAGGGCUACGUGGGUCCUGCCAUCUCUGCCGAGGCCCAAACCGUGUUUGUCUCUUGGAAUCCUGGCUGUUUAACUGGCACCUUGAUUUGUUAUCUCCCUUGGUUCUUCACAAUAAAGCCCCUACUGCAUGCAA